AACAGCCCUUGUGACAGGGAAGAACAGAUAGAGACCAGGACGAGGGAGAGGCACGAGCAGGGGAGGAGGGAGACACAGGUGAGGAGGUAGUAAAGUACAGUGGGCGUGUAAAGGAGAGAGGAAAGAUAAGGAGGGAACAAACAAAGGAAUUUGUGAGGAACUGAAAGCAGAGGGGGACGGACAGCUGAGUGGAAUGGGAGGAGAUCCGAGCAGACAGCAAGGUUACCCGUGAGAACUCUGAGGGGGAAUUAAACACAGCACAAAGACAGAGAGAAGAGAACAGGUAGAGUCGGUUAGACAGAGGUUUUUAGAGCUAAUUACUGCUUUCUCGCUGUGGUGGAAGAAAGCAAAAACAAAGUAAGUGAGGUGGAAAAAACAACACAAACUGAAAGGGCUGGAGAAAAGAAAGCUGAAGUAACAAAAAAAAGGAGGGAAAGACAUCGACUAAUGCUCGGGUCCGGGAGAUUAACUGAGGAAGGGAAACACGGGCCUGUGAAGAGUGAGCGAGGAGGGGAAAAGUAAGAAAAGAACAGAUCCUGACAGACAGAGAAGAUUGGACCUAAUGGGCUACUGACAUCAGCAAAACAAGAAGGAAGGGGAAGCAUCACAAAAGAGGUCAUUGCGGUCGCCUGAACACGUUGCUGUUGUACAGCAAAGUCAGCUGGGACAGACACUGUGCUGUACCCCGAGAUGUGCACUUCUUAGUCCUCCCCGCAGCAGCACCAUGUUGAUGAAAGAGUACCGUAUAUGCAUGCCCCUCACAGUGGAUGAGUACAGGGAUCGGGCAGCUGUAUAUGAUCAGCAAGCACAGCUGUGAGCAAAGUGGAGGGGGAGAAGGGGUGGAGGUGGUGAAGAAUGAAGCAGAUAUUCACCCUCAGCAUGGCCUUGGGCAGCUGACCGAGAAGCGAAUUUACCUCAGCAGUAAACUGCCGUCGUGGGUGAAAGCAUUUGUACCGCGCUUCUUCUACGUGACAGAGAAGGCCUGGAACUUCUACCCGUACACCAUCACAGAGUACACAGUAUCGUUCCUCCCAAAGUUCAGCAUCCGCAUUGAGACGAGAUUUGAGAAUAACUGCGGUGAUAACGACAACGUGUUUGGGGACAAGCCGACCCCAGAAAAGAGUGUGAGUUUCCUGGAUAUCCUGAGUGACCCCAUUCCCGAAAGACACUACAAAGAAUCAGAGGAUCUGAGACUCUGGCAGUCCAAUAAAACUGGCCGAGGGCCUCUGCAGGAAGGCUGGAGGAACAACUGCACCCCCAUCAUGUGCUCCUAUAAGAGGGUCGAGUGCAGCUUCGAGGUUUAUGGUUUCCAGACCAGGACUGAGGAGUUCAUACAUAAGAACAUCCAAGACAUUCUUCUAGUGGGCCACAGACAAGCGGUGGCGUGGACAGAUGAAUGGCACGGGUUGAGUUUGGAGGAGGUGAGAGAAUAUGAGCGAACUAUGCAAGAGAAGACCAACACCAAAGUCAAACUCACCCAGAGCAGCAGCGGCCCACCGGUGUUCUCUCGCUCCAUCUCAGUAGCAGACAUGUGUUCUUUGAAGAAGAUGGGAGUGUCGACUGAAGCCGUGUGCGGCGGCGACUCCCUGCCUCAGAGCCCCAAGCGCCUCAACUCCACCCCAGAAUGAUGAAUGAUGUCUCCCCCAAAGUUCAUGCAUGCGUGUAACAUAUCGAAAUUAUAGCCAUUCUUUGUCAUAGUUUACUAAACAGAACGCACAAAUCCGAUGUCACACUUUUACCAGUGCCUUUGAAAAACCUUCCAGCAGGGGGCAGCAUAAUGUACGAGGUUUCCUGGGCUGGAGGUCAGGGGCCCCACAUUCUGCUUUGCAAUCAUGUUGUAGUGAUUUCCAGUUUAUAAGAAAAGCUGUAUUUUGAAGAGCACAAAGUACGAGCGUAAAACCACACAUACACAAGAACAGACAGACAUCACGUCCAUGUGGCGACCACAUUCAUCGUUGACAUUAUGUGUGCAGACAGGCCAUUCACAGCUAAUUUUUCAACGUUGUAUGAUGUCAUGAUAUGAUGUGUUGAAUGUCAGGGUGUGAUACCUUUGCUAGCCCCAGCAGAGCAGAGGUUUAUGUGGAAAACUGUUAUUCUCUAUUCAUGUAUGUAGCUCCUGACAUGUGAUCAUUAUUGCAUUUUAGAGGAUGACCUCUGACCUGACCUUAGAACUAUGAGCUGAGAACCGCCCACUGAGUUUAUCUGCUGAGUGCGAUUGAAAUCACUCUUUGCACUUUGAAGAUAUCGCUGCAGACAUACACAUGACCAUUGCAGUAGCCUCCUUCCACUUUGCGGUGAGGCCAGUGAGUACGAGCACUAUAAAGCUGAUGUCCAAUGACAGCGCAAAAUCAUAGAGACACUGCAGCUCUCUUUUAGGUGUUUACUGCUCUACACGGGGCAUACGUCACCAAGUGACAUAUUUUUUGUGGGUCAGGUGGGGAUCAAAGAGUAUAUUUCUUGCUCUUGAGAACAAUGCGCUACCAAGGGUAACACUAGCCAUGCCAGCAGGAACACAUUCUAAGUUGGAUUUCACAUUGCUACACAUAGGUACAACUAAUGGACCCUUACAGAAGUUUUUAUGCCUAUGUCACACCACCACAUGAGCAUAAAUAUAUCCGGUGAGCAGAACGUUCCUGUUUGUCAGCAGGUCACUAGUAACAGCUGCCCAUUCUUUGUUCCUCUGGGAGUGUUGGAGGGUUCAAGUUGUCAAAAUGCCUGAUUCAGAUAGAUGUUAGCUAUUUGCAGUGUGUGAGUGGUAGUUGGCUGUUUCAGGAUGAACGAUUAAAGGCCUGUGGGAUACAUUUUAAGUCCCUUUGAAGAAACAUCAA